AUGAUGACGAAAACUCUGACCAAAGUUGAGACCUUUGGGUUUAAGAGAAUAGGAACAGAGACUCCAGAAGUUGAGUUGUUGAAAGAGAGGAUGGCAAAGUUGCUGCUUGGUGAAGACAUGUCAAGUUCUGGUGAAGGAGUUUGUCCUGCUUUAGCCAUCUCAAACGCUAUUACCAAUCUCUAUGAACAUCCCCGAUGGAAGCAAGAUUGA